UCCAUAAAUAUUUAAUACUUUCGUUGCAUUGUAAAGAGCAGAGCAAAAGCUUCUCCGGUGAAUUUUGGUUGAUCUCAAACCUGCAAAUUGGGAUCAACCAUAUCAAUUGAUUGAAUAUCUUUCUCACUGUUAAUUAUUUGAUAACAUCAAUUCAAUUUGUUGGUUCAUUAAUCACUCUUAACAUAUCUUCUUCUUCACUUUUUGAUACCUACCCAUAUACAAGGAAGAAGCAAAGCAUCUUCUUUCAGAAAUCACGCCUCUACCGUAUUUAAUUUUACUUCUCAAUUUUCUCUAUCCAUCCAGCAUAGUGGACGAUCCACUAUGGCACUGCCGCCAGAUACUACUCUCCUAAGUUAUUGGUUGAAUUGGAGGUUCUUCUUAUGUGCCCUCUUUAUGUUAAUGACUAUGGGUUUAGCAUCAUUUUUGAUAUGGAAGUACGAAGAAUGCAGUAAGCCAAGGAAUGAGAGAAGAGAAAGACAGAGGGAAACAGCUGGGACUCUUUACGAGGAUGAAACAUGGAAUACAUGCCUUAAAGGAAUUCAUCCUGCUUGGCUGCUUGCUUACAGGAUAUUUUCUUUUGUUGUGCUUUUGUCUUUGCUCACUACCAAUCUGGUUGCUGAGGGAGGUGGCAUAUUUUUCUUCUACACUCAGUGGACGUUUACCCUGGUCACCAUUUACUUUGGGUUUGGAUCUUGUGUCUCCAUAUAUGGAUGUUUCUAUAAACACAAAACAAUUGAUGGCAACACAGUCAAUCAGGAACAGUUGGAUGCUGAACAAGGCACUUAUGUGGCUCCUACACUCGAUGGUACUCCUGAAUUACCUAACCUGUAUAAGAAUUCCAAUACCAAUCAGGAGCCUCGCACUCGGCAUAUUGCUGGUGUAUGGGGUUAUAUUUUUCAAAUAAUUUUUCAGACUUGUGGAGGUGCUGUGGUGCUCACGGACAUUGUAUUCUGGCUCGUCCUUUAUCCAUCUAUGACAAAAUCAGAUUUCCGUCUGGAAUUUAUGGAUGUUUGUCUACACUCCCUAAACGCUGUAUUCCUCCUCGUUGAAGCAUUAUUGAAUUGCAUGAGAUUUCCAGUAUUUCGAUUUGCAUAUUUUAUUUUGUGGACGGCUAUGUUUGUGCUUUUUCAGUGGAUCAUCCAUGCUUGUGUUUCCUUAUGGUGGCCUUAUCCUUUCCUUGACUUGUCAUCCCCAUAUGCAGCCUUAUGGUACAUAGGUGUGGGUGUAACGCACAUUCCAUGCUUUGCAGUCUUUGCUUUGAUAGUUAAGUUGAAACACUUGUGGUUGUCAAAAUUGUUUCCUAGUUCCUGUCAGUUUGUACGGUGAUGAUACAUUCAUGAACAGUCAUCGGAGUAGAGCUGAUUUUAACUUAGAAGAUCAGAUAAACACCACCUCCCUGCAAAAGUGUUUAGGAUUUGUGUGGCAUGUGGUUUUUAUUUGCUACUUCAGAUUGAAUACAUGGAACUUCUCUGCUCUGCUCUGCUCUAACCAUGUUUAUGAUAUCUUCCAUCCAAGAUAAACAUUCCACAGUAUCCUCCUACAUUGAUGAAAUCAACCCUAGUAAAGUCUUACAAAAAGUGCUGUUCUUUUAGUAUUCAGUAUGUAUAUGAAUAGUUUCUGCGUAGCUAUGUCAAUAUGAUUCUUCAGAGAAAGUACACGAGUUAAAUUUUCAAUGGAUCGUAAUAUAAAAAUUUGUACUUUGAUAAUUAAUAAGAAACUGUAAUAAAGUUGGUUUUUUUUGAA